CUUUUUCUUUCUUCUUCUUUCUUCUUCCUCCUUCCUCCUUCUAUGGCUUCCUCAACCUCACCCCAACAUCACCCCACCCCACAACCCCAAAUCUCUCAGACUCGCUCGCUCUCUCGGUCUCGCUCUCUCCUCUGCAUCUCUCUCUCGCUCUCUCUCUCUCGAUCUCGCUCUCGCUCUCUCCUAUGGAUUUGGGCGCAGUGAGGAUAGAAAGUGUUGCGGGAGAAGCAGAAGGGGCAGAUCCAUAUCUUGGCGUUGAAGUCGACGAUGCAGAAGGGGUUGAGAAGGGAGGAGCAUGACUUGCAGCGGAGUGGGGUGUAAGGGACGGUGGGGAUGUCGUUAUGGUGAUGGUGGUGAGCCGCCUCAACAGCGUUUCAAUUUCUUCUUUCUCUCACGCCAUGGAAUCGAAAUCAGGAGGAGAAAGAUCUGAACUUCCCUUCCCAUCCUUUCCUCCCUUGGACAAUGGAUCUGCAUCUGGGGAUUUAUGGGUUCUGGUGUUUAGGUUAUGUGGAGAAGAUUGUUGGACUGGGUUUGUGGAUUGGGGUGCAGUGGGGGUUUAGUUGCGAGUGGUUAUGGAGCCGAUUGAUCUUCGUCGAAGGUAGUGGUGGCGGCGCAGCCAUGGAUGAAGGGCGGCGGUGGCUAGGUGAGAGAGAUGAAAUACCACCCCUCCAGGGUGCUUAGUCUUGUAUAUCAGCCAUUUGCAAUUGGAACACUUGCUAUACUGGCUUAUAAUGAGGCAAAAAUCAAUACACAAAGACGGAACCUAUUUGGAUACACUCUUUUUUUCAUAACCACUUUGUUGGUGUUGAUUUUGAAUUUAGCAACAUCAGGUAAAGGAGGACUUGAAACAUUCAUUGUUAUAUGUGCAAUUAGUGGUGCUUUUGGAGUUGCAGAUGCUCAUGUUCAAGGUGGAAUGGUGGGAGACCUGUCCUACAUGCAACCAGAAUUCCUUCAGUCUUUCCUUGCUGGCUCAGCAGCAUCCGGUGCAUUAACCUCUGCUUUGAGGCUAAUUACAAAAGCAGCAUUUGAGAAUUCUAAGGAUGGUCUUCGAAAAGGAGCCAUUCUAUUCUUUGCCAUAUCAACAUUCUUUGAGCUUCUAUGUGUUCUUCUCUAUGCAUCUGUUUUCCCCAAAUUACCAAUUGUUAAGUACUACCGAUUAAAAGCAGCAUCAGAAGGAUCCAAAACUGUUUCAGCUGAUCUUGCAGCUGGUUUAAUCCAGACAUUACCUGAAGGCGAGGAAUAUGCAAAAGAACAAAAGCGGAAGGGAAUCAAGCAAUUGUUAUUGGAAAACAUUGAUUAUGCACUUGAUAUAUUCCUAAUAUAUGUCUUAACACUGUCAAUUUUCCCUGGAUUCCUUUCAGAAGAUACAGGAUCACAUAGUUUAGGGUCCUGGUAUGCUCUUGUUUUAAUUGCAAUGUAUAAUGUGUGGGAUCUGAUUGGAAGGUACAUUCCACUCUUGAAAUGCUUGAAGUUGGAGAACCGAAAGAUGAUCACGGUAGCAAUUCUAUGUCGUUUCUUGCUUGUUCCUGCAUUUUAUUUCACUGCAAAGUAUGGUGACCAGGGGUGGAUGAUAAUGUUGACAUCCUUCUUGGGGCUAUCCAAUGGCCACCUUACUGUCUGUGUUCUCACAUCUGCACCCAAAGGUUACAAGGGUCCAGAACAAAAUGCCUUGGGAAACCUAUUGGUGCUGUUUCUUUUUGGAGGAAUUUUUGCAGGGCUGACCCUUGACUGGCUGUGGUUAAUAGGUAAAGGGUGGUGAGUGAUGACACAUCUCAAUCAUGCCAAAAUAGAGUAAUGAUUGUGGCUCAACCAUAUUCGAAUUUCGUACAGAAAUUGUAUAUUAUUUUGUCCUCAUUUAGCAAUGAUUUCAAUUUCAAUUAUAACAGUCAAAUUAUCUGCAAAUUUUAUCAAUGUUGUACUUGUAAAGAUACAUCAUCCAAUUCGACAUGCUUAAUUGUAUCUUCAGUGUAGCAUAGCUUGUACAUA